AUGUCAACACUGGGUCGUAGUAAGACCCCUCAACGGGACGAUACCAACAAAAAACCAAGUGUUUUUGAGAAACUUUCUGGAACAUUGUCCAGAAAGAAGAAGAUUCCAGAAGAUGGAGAGCAUGAUGGACCAGCUGGAGGACAUGCUGGACAACACACUGAGGAGGAUGAGGUUUUGGAGCUCGAGCUCGAAGGACGCGAAGCACUUGACUCGUCGCUGGUUCCAGUACUGGCCAAGAAUAUCUGGCUGGAAGAAAGCGAGACCCGCCGCUACCUGACUAAAGAAACCGCCCGUGACCAGAAGUUGGGACAAGUCGUCGAUUUGCUCAUUUACUGGCUCAAUGACGAGUUGGCUGAUCAAAGAAUCGUCGUUCGUCACAUCCAGGAGGAUCUUUUUGAUGGCCAGAUUAUUCAGAAGCUUUUGGAAAAGUUGGAACAGAUUCGGAUCGAAGUUCCAGAAGUGUCCCAAUCGGAGGAGGGACAACGUCAGAAGCUUCAAAUUGUCAUUCAAACAGCUAAUAGAAUUUUGGGGCAACCCAGAGAUCAGGAGAAGUGGUCCGCUGAUUUGAUUCAUCAGAAGGACUUCACCGCCAUCAUCCAACUACUCGUGCUCAUCGCUCUUCACUAUCGCGCUCCAAUCCGCUUCCCAGACAACGUGGUAGCCAAUGUUGUAGUUGCUCAAAAGGAGCACGGACAAGUGAAAACGCAUCGAAUCACGGAGCAAAUCACGACUGUCCAAACCGAGCUCGCACCAAAAGGAACCCGCGAUGCCUUCGAUACACUUUUCGACUACGGACCCGACAAGUUGGCUCAUGUGAAGACGUCGCUUUUGGCGUUCUGUAAUAAGCAUUUGAAUAAGAUCAAUCUAGAAGUCUCGGAUUUGGAUUAUCAAUUCCAGGAUGGUGUAUUCUUGGUGCUUCUUGUUGGUCUCUUGGAGGGAUACUUCGUCCCGCUGUACCAUUUCAAUUUGCAAGUUCAUGGACACGAGGAGAAGGUCAAGAAUGUGCAAUUUGCGUUUAAGUUGAUGGAAGAUGCUGGAUUGGAGAAGCCAAGAAGUCGUGUUCAGGAUAUUGCCAAUGGAGAUGUUAAGAGCACCCUCCGACUUCUCCACUUGCUCUUCACCAAAUACAAGCACAUCUAA